GUCUUUGGAUCAGGUUUCGAUAUGGUUUUGAAUAUAAAUUGUGGUUUUAUCAUACUUAUGAAAUAAGAUGAUGAAAAAUUACCAUUAAAGUGAUGCUUGUCUAUUGACAUCGAAAUAAAAGAAGAAAUAUCCAAAGCAUAUAUGAUUGCUUCGGAUAAUUUCAGAAAAUUUAAUGUUGUUUUCCAACGAACUCUGCGAAUUGUAUUUAAUUCGCGUAGUUCACUUAAAUCGUACAAAAAUAAAAUGACGCUUUUUAUCUUUAAUCUUACUAGAACUCUAAAUCGGCGUCAAAAAAUUGGAGCUGUUACUGUUAUAGCUAUAACAGUUAUUUUUUGUCUUCUGAGAUAUUUUGCAUAUAGUAAUAACUACGAGGUUUAUCCUUACAUUCCAACGGUUGUUAUAAAACCACGUGAACGAUCUGCAUCCAACUUGAAAAUACCGCGAGUAAUUCAUCAAACAUGGAAAUCUUUAAGUGUACCAGAAGCUUUACGUUUUUGGAUAUUAAGGCACGCAAAUUUUAGAUUAUAUAAAAUAUUAUCAAAUCUUUUUCUAAACGAUUCUGUCGCUAAUAAUACAUUUAGAUACUUUUAUAAGAGGAAAGUAGUUGAAAAACCAAUGACAGAUGAUUUAAGAUAUUCUAAUAUACCAGUUAAAGAUUUCAACAUAAAACUAACGAAAGACUAUUUCAGUUGGUUGGAAAAACAUCCUGAAUGGGAAUACAAGUUCUGGACGGAUGAAGAAAUGCGACUCUAUGUGAAAAUAAAUAGUCCCGAUCUUCUAAAGUUGUAUGAUUCUUAUCCACAUCAAGCGUAUAGAAACGAUGCAUUUAGAUACAUUCUGCUAUAUCAUGACGGAGGUUUAUACGCCGACUUAGAUAUGGAGGCCAUCAACAAUGUUGAUGAGGUAUUCUUGGAGAAAGACUGCAUUUUAUCUCAAGAACCUGAGGAACACGCUCACUUUUUGAGCGAUCUUCAUUCGCCUCCCUUAGUAUCGAACGCGCUAAUGGGUUGUCGAAAGAAGCAUCCUUUCUUUAAAAGUUUGUUACAAAAGUUGUCAUCGGCUGCCGGGUUGUUAUAUUGGAAUGAUGUAUUACACGCAACAGGACCAUACGUUGUGACCGAGGUCUAUAGAUCAUACACAGCUGGUAGCUGGUUCAAAGAAGCCCCAUCAGACUUAUUUUUAGCUGACGCUGUUAGCUUUCACCCAAGAAUGGACGAGUCAAUGGUUGAUAAAAUAAGACAAGUUUGCAUUCAAAGUCAAGGUCACGAAUUCCCAUCAAGAAACUUCGAAGAACGCCAGGCAAGAUUAUGCGACAAGAUUUUAAAACCAAGGAGUCGAAGAAACUUCUCUGAUAAACCAAAAGUCUAUACAGAUCAUCAUUGGACUCACACUUGGGCCGGUAGAAGAAACGAUCCUUUUGGAAUUUUGGAUGCCAAACAAAAGUUUGAUAUUUCCAAAAUCCUUAUACUACCAAAACCGAAAGAAAGAAUUUUUUGA